GUUUGUGCAAGUGAUUUUGUGUAUAAUUAGUGCAAAUUGUAUCAAAUUUCGUCUUUAAAACACUAGUGCCAAACUUCCAACUUGGCCGGGGUAAUGUUCGCGUAAAAAGAUCAUCCCGCACGGCAGUGGAAAUGUUCAAAAAGCUUAAGGAAAAAAUCACCGAAGAGGUGAAGCAAUCACCCCAGAGAUUGGAACAACUGUCCAAGGGAUUACAGGCUGCGGUUAGCUCGGCUUCUUCAACUACGUCGGAAAUAUCCGGAAGUGAGAACUUUUUCAGUAUCACCGAAGACGAUACGCCUCAAAAUUCUCCGUUGCGGAAAUCACAAACAAGCUUGAACAGCAGCUCCAUCACUAGUACUCCGGUUCAGCAAAAUCAGCUCAACAACAGCACCUUGGGUAGCAAUAGCGCAUCAUCUGGGUCGACAUCUAAUGCGUCUAAGAACAAUAGCAGCACUAUUAGCAGUAGCAGCAGUACCAACAAUCUCAGCGGCAGUUCCUUCUUCUCAAAUUUGACUGGUGGCAGCGUAACAAAUAACAAUAGCAGUAGCAAUAAUGGCGUUUCGCCGACCGUUAACCGACUCCGUCGAUUGUCUAACUCAUCGAUGGCGAGUGAUGUGUCGUUUCGAUUGCCGGCAUAUGAUUCGCCUGCAAUCUAUCAUCUCGAAACAGACAUCGAUGUUUCGGCUAGCGAAACAGAAUCUGUCUCCGGUGCGGCCUCUUCCAAUGGGCAACUGGAUCUAGUGAGUAAAGACAAGUUAUUCCAGGCGUACAAGAAAGCACUGGAUCGUUACCAGAAAUAUCGAGAGCGAUACACCGAAUUAGCUCGUCGCUAUCGGGAGCUGGAAAAGGAUAACACUAAAGCGCGAUCGGUCCUGGUGGAGACGCAGGAUAAGGCACUGCGAAGAAUUAGCGAGCUGCGUGAACAAUGUUCGCUGGAACAGCAAGCAAAGGCGCAUUUGGAUUCGGCUCUUCGGAUGGAAAUUGAUGAGCUGCAGUGUGUUGUGAAAACGCUGAAAACAAAAUUAGAAGCUGUAGGGGAUGAAAAGGAUUUGAUAUCCUUGUCCGGCGAUGACGUUGGAAACUUGGGGGAGAAAAUAAAGACAUUAGAAGCCAAACUGGCGGAGGAGAUUGAAUCGAAGGAAUCUCUAUAUCUCGAGGUUAGCUUGCUAAAGAAACGAGAGGAGGAACAUGUUCUCACUGUGGCAGAAAACAAAAUGGCUAUUCAUUCCGAGUUGGAAAGCAAAGAAUCGGAAGUUCGUAAGCUGAAAGAGCAAAUAUUAAGCAUUGAAAAGAAUAUGAAACAGGUGCUAUCGGAAAGGGAUGGUUUUGGGAAGGAGGUAGCGGAGAUGAAGAAUAAAUUGACCUCAACGGAGAAGGUUGCAGCUAAGGUAAAGGACCUUGAGAGCAUCAUCGGAAUCUGUAAUGAACAGAAGAAUAAGCUAGAAUCUAAAUUUGUUGAAUUCGAGCGAAAGAUUCUAGAGUUGGAAAAGGAAAACCAGCGUAUAAAGUCAGAUUCCUCAAAUUUGGAACAGGAAAGAGAUAGUCUAUUGCAAAAACUCACAGAAAAUGAAGCAAAUAUAGAAAAGAUCAUAUUAGAAAGGGAUGCUUCGUUGGUAAAAAUACAAGAACUCGAAAAUUUGGCCAAAACUUUGAGUUCGUCAGCCGAGGUGGAUGAACUUAAAGAACAAAUUUCACUUUUGGUGGCUAGUAGAGAUGCUUUGCAGGAAACAGUAGCGACCUCACAGAAGGAACUAGAUAGCUAUCGGGCGAAACAAGCCGAGUACGACGGUUGGUCUGAAGAAUCGAAGCGAAAUCUGGAAGAUUCGCAAAAGCUAGUAGUCGACAAAGACAACAUAAUACAAGAACUAAAUGAACAACUCAAACAGCACGAAGCUACUCUGAAGGAAGCAAAUCUCAGCUUGGAAACGACCCGGAUAGAUCUAGAAGUAAAAAGCAAAAAACUGAUUGAACAGGAGGACGAAAAUUUGAAACUCAAAAAGACAAUUUCCAUCGAUCAGGAGCGGUUGGGGGAAAUAUCCAAAGCGUUAGAUGCCCAGAAAGAACUGCACGAUCGGGAUCGUGCCAGUAACGAAGCCAGCAUGAAAGAAGUAUUCGAUCAAAAUAACCACCUGACAACGGAGUUAAAGCAAUUCAAGGAUAAGCUAGAGAAGGUUAAUGCAAAGUUCAAGAAAAUAACAGAUGAAAAAGGAAGCCUUAAGGCGCAAAACGAACAGCUGCAGGCGGAUAUCAAGAGCUGCAAACAGGAAGUAAAUGGUCUUCUGCAACAAAAGGCUUCAUUGGCGGAAGAAAUUCGAAACGUUAAAAUCAUCAACGAGAACUCAGAAUCCGAAGCACUGCAGUCGCUACAGGAAUCAAUGAGAGUGAGCUUGGCGCAAGCUGAAGAGCGUUUGCUGGAAACAACUCGCGAUUUGAAUGAGGUCAUCGAACUAAAAUCGGAGGAGAAUCGACGAUUGUCCGAGGAAAAGGACGAACUGGUGGAGAAGCUGGACGGAGCUCAAAAAGAAAAAGAAGAUCUGGCUACGGAGGCAACUACUCUUAAGUCGAAAGUUGAGACGCUGCGAAAUGAGAAAAAGGACCUGGAAAAAACGCUAGAACGGGAGAUUCGAGAAAAAACUGAGCUGAAAGCCCAAGUGACCAACAUCCUUCAGGAGAUUGGUCGACUGGAAGAACAGCUCAAAGAAGUGAAAAACUCACACUCUGUUAUUUUGAACGAGAAGCAAUCGCUAGAGGAAAAGAUCGAACGACUGCAGCGUCAACACACGGAUGCCCGCAGUAAAGCAGAUAAGGAAACUAGCCACAAAUGGCAAACAAAAGUGAAAGAGAGUGAAACAAAACUGCAGCAGGUGGAAUGUGAAAAUUCACAACUGGCGGAAAAGAAUUGUUUGUUAGAGGAAAGCAAUCGACGAACUUCUGAAGAAGUCAAGAAACUUCAAACGGCACUUCAAGAGGCUGAGACUGGCCUAAAACACGAGAAAAAGAAAACAAAAGACGCAAAUGCAAAUGUCGAAGAGUUGAAAAAGAAGUGUCUAGAAUUGGAAGAAAAAGUAAAGCUUUCUGCCGAACAGCUAAACCAGUGUGCUGGCGAUAAUGCAAAAUUAUUCAACGAAAAGGAGCUUUUGGAUCACCAGUAUCGCUCGCUACAGGAUGAACUGGAAGCCAAGGAAAAGGAGAAACUGUGCGUAUUAGAUAGCAACAAAUGUAUGAUAGAGGAACUUGCUCGAAUAAAAAAUUCCACCAAAUCAUUGGAGGAAGAAAAACAAAAACUAACCGAAGAGUGCGAUGCUCUAAAAGUAGAGAUAGAUAAAGUGCGUUUGGAGAACGAUUAUCUCAAAAGUAAACAAGGCGAACUUAAGUCAAAGUUCGAGAAAGAGAUACAAGCUGUUCAAGAGCAGAACAGGGCUCUGCAUAAUGAAAUUGAUGCUAUGAAAGCAGGCAACCAAAAUCGGCUGCUGGAGCUUGAAACCUUGAUAAAGAAAGCAAACGAAGAAAAGCAAUCCUUUAGCAAAAACGCUACUGACCUGGAGAAGAAGCUAGAAAACUACGAGGAGAUUAAGAUAGAAAAUGAAUACCUUAACACACUGAUAAAGCAACUGGAGGGUGAAAUUCACUCCAUUAAGGAGGAAAAGGCAAAACUGCUAACGUCUAGCAGCGUCAAAGAUACUGAAAUAACAGCAUUGAAGUUAAAAGUCAGUCAGAAUGAGUCCGUAGUUGAGGAAAAGGACCAGGAGAUCAAGAAACUUAUCAAUGAGUUUGUGGGUAAAGAAAAUGAGAUGAAAGCUAAAAUUCUGACCUUAGAACAUGGGAAGUCGGAAACCGAAAAACGGUUAUCUGAUGUUACAACCAUUAAAAACAAAACCAGCGACGAACUGAACACAGAAAAAGCAAAUUUCGCGGACUUUGUUAGUCAAACUGCCGAAGAGAAAAGAUGUUUAGAGGACAAACUAGCAGACGCUGCAAGAGCAGAAGAAGAGUUGAGAAGCAAAUUAGAGCAAACAAAGACUGAUCUUGAAGAAGCAAUGACUAAAGCUAAUACCAUUCAAGAGCAAGAAAUCACCAAACUUAAACAACAACUGGAUUCAGCGAAUAAUGAAAACGAUCGAUUAAAUCUAGAGCUUCGAAACACGCUGGAACUAAAGCUGCAAAAUGAAAACUAUGUUCGCGAUCUGGACGAAAUGAAAAGUGAACUGAAUGUGGCAAUGGCAGAAAAAUUGGAGCAGCUAGAACAGUACUCGAAGCUGAAGGAAAAGUUUGAUUCGUUCAGUGCAGAAACGGAAGCUAACGUUAGGCGGUUCCAGACAGAAAUCGAGCAGUUGCGCGAGCAAUCAAACGCUGGGGACGAUCGGGAAGAGAAGGGGAAGGCGUUCGACGAGAUGCGCAACAAGAAGGACGAGUUGGAGAACAAGCUGAAAAAGAUUAUGCACGAGGUGCAGGAUGUGUCGAAUCGGAACUUGUUCCUGGAGCAAAAGUGCGAAAAUUAUCUCAUUCUUGAGCAGUCCAAUGAGCGGUUGAAGCUACAGAACGACAAACUGUCUCGGCAGCUGGAUGAAACUCUGGUUUCAAUGCAUCACAGUGAAGGUAUAACGGCUAACACCGAAUUCGAAUACCUGCGGAACAUUUUAUUCCAGUACCUAAGCGGUAACGUCACCGGUAACAACUCGACGCUGGUGAAAGUGAUUUCAGCGGUGUUAAAGUUUACUCCUCAGCAAACGCAAGUCGUGCUAGAAAAGGAAGCACACCGGCGGUCAUUGAUGGGUCAGAUCAACAAUCUUCUAUAGCAGGAAAAAUCGAACGCUGUGCAUCAGCAGCUGUUGAAACCUCGUACUACUCACUAUCGGUACUACUAGCGUAACCGCCACCGAUGGACAAAAGGUUUGUGUAAAUACGUGUGUCUCUUCGUCCUUGUGUUUCGGAUAUACUUUGGAGCGUUCCUUUUUCGAGAGCCGUCUGAAAUUCAGAUGUGCGUCCUCUCAGACGGGGCAAGACUGACUACUUCGGAACGCAAAAGUGCGACUGGAUUGCCGAGACUCUGUUUGGGUAGAGUAUUAGAAGAAGAAAAAGUGUUACACUCCCUUUAAUUGGCUCCCACUUUGAUUAAAACGUAAAAAAAUGUGUUCAACCAGCAAAAUUAAGUAUAAAAGCCCCACCCUCCAAAUUUAAAGCGGAAUGUUACCACGAACAAAGCAACAUAUUUAAUGUGUUUGUUAGAUGAAUUAAACUAUGGAAGUAUCCCAAUUGAGUAGUAUAAUUUGAAGGUAAUCAAACAUAUUUUUUUAGAGAGCAGUCGAAUCUAUUGUAACUCAAACACAUGGUUAUUAGCUAACAAGGCAGAAAAGGUCGAUAAUUUUAUAAAAGUUAUAGACGGAUAUUGUCCACCACGCUGUUAAGCGGGCUCCAAAAUAUGUUAUUGUUUUUAGAACCUUGUAAAAUUGGGUUCUCAGAAAUCAGUUAGUGAAACUAAUUUUCUACGACAUAGCUAACCAUCAUCAACAUAAUGAAAUCAGACUAAACAUUGUAACUUAAGAAGUAGGAUUAGAGAAAGGUUUUGCUACAUCUAGUAUCUUCAAUUUAUAGGAUGAGAUCGGUGCGACACCUCAUCGAACACGGCAGUGCAAUUCCCCAAAGUUUAAAGCUAUUCUAUCGCUUGCUUAGUUGCGUAUAUUUAACGCGGUCCACCCACUUAUUCUUCGUUGUGCAUUUUUUUUCUCGUCUGUGACCCUUCUGUUUAUAUGUAUAUUUACUGUUGUGUAAUGCUUUUAGGACGUAACUUUUGCUAUUAUUUUAUUAGUAUUUUAAUUAAUAGAGGCUUUAGCCGAUUUAGUUCUAUGUGUGAAUAGGUUCUGUUUGAUUUAACUUAGUAAAGGAAGUUUUUUUUCUCGGCUUGCGUCACCCACCAACGAAAAGUAGUAAUGUUAUUGCUUUAUUCUUGAGAGAAAACAAAUGUCGAAAAAUAGAAGGAAGAAAUUACAUCCGGUCCAUAUUAACGAUGAUGGCAAACCAAUUUUUCGUAAACUGACAAGUUGUUGAAAGGGUUAUGUAGUAUGAUAACUGUACGGUUAUAGGUACCGGAAAAUAAAUAGAAGCUAUAUUUUGAUCAAAAUCGAUCAGAGAAUAUCCGAGCAUAGCUCUAGAAAAAUCAUGCAAAUGCUUGGAAAAUCUUUCAAAAGCUGCAUUGUUUAUGGUCACACAUUGUUUUACCUAUAAACAAGCAUUGUUUCAUGGUACAUCUGAAACGAUAAUCUUGGUACGAAAGCGCGCUCAGUGUGAACAAUUCGUUUGAUAAACGUGAAUUGGUUCAAUCGAUUGGGGAAACUGGGGCAGUUUGGGAAAGACGCAUUAUGUUUCUUUAUUUUAUAUUUAUCUGUUGAAAUCGAUCAUAUACUAUUUUUUCUUAAGCUUUAUUUAUAAGCAAUAUAAAGAAUAUACACCCAAAAUGGUCAACGAAAUAACAAUGAAAAAAUGCAUGAGGUUACAAUAUUUUUAUUUUGUAGUUAUCGCGAGGAAGAGGGAAUAAAACACGGUUUCUACAGCAAUCCUUCAGGGUAAGCUUCAAAGCUAUUUUAGUCUACAAAUUAAAUCCAAAGGUCACUCAUAAUUUGGGUGUUUCUAUUAAUUCCAAUCCUGUUAAUCUUGCUUCAAAGAAUAUUACCACCAAAAAAAUUAAUUCAGCUUCUGUUCUGUUAAAAAAUAACCUGUUUUUGCCACGCUUUUUCGCUUCAUCGUCAUUCCACUUCCAAUAUCGAUGGUUGACCGCAUGUGCCGGAUUGCCAGUUAUACUGAACUUGUGUUGACGAAAGACCUCCGCAACAGUAGUGUAUCAGCUUCUUAAUUGAACGAAGCAGUCUUGAGCUACUUUCUUGUAAUGACAAAACACUCCAUGGGCCCUAUUCUUACAGUCACGUCACCUAGUGGCUAGAAGAAAAUAUCCUUCUAUUCACCAACUGACGUGACUGUGAGAAUAGGGCCCCAUAUGUCCGGCCAGACAAGAACCGUAUCCUUAUGCUUUCGGAUAAAUGGUAAAAGUCAUGUCUUCUCAUUUUGCAGCGUAAAAAAGUGUGUUUAUUGUGCCGGAUAUAUUGCUUCUGAAACCGCAAUCACACAUUGCCUGCUGAACGAGAAAUUUCUUCGUGAGCUUUGACAUUUUGCAUGUUUGAAAUGUUCAGCAACAUUGUGCCGCAACUAUUCUAGUACUGACAUCGGUAUAAAGUGUACUUCACAUUGUGUUUCAUCGUUCAUUAUCAAGCAAUAGAAAUUUGUACAGCAUUGUAUCGUACAACUUGCCCACACACUCGAUACUCUGUUUCCUUCAAUGCUCAUGUCUCAUGGUCGUAAAGAGCAAUAAGGAGUAUCAGCGAUUAGUAUAGUCCAAGCUUUGUGCAUAGGUAGGUUACAGAUCUAGCUGACUACGCAAACCAUAAAAAGUUGUAUUCACAGCCGCAAACACACGUUUUUAACUCACAGCUAACAUCGUUAUCACAUGUCACUAUUGUUCCAAGAUAUAUGAAUUCGUUGACAACUUCGCACCGUACCACGUUGAUUUUCACCUCGGAACCAACACCGUUUGAGUUGCCUCGCUCUCUACCAGUUACCAUGAACUUUGUCAUGCCAGAGUUUAUAGACUGUCCGAUUACUGCAACCUCCCCUUUAAAAGGCACAAAUACUUCUUCUACUGCAGUGGUUUUCAACCGGGAGUGAGUUAUACUGUCGUAGGGAGUGUGUUAUGAGGGGUGAAUAUUAACUUAUCUUAACAUUCACGUCGGAUAUUAAUUGUCUUUAUAUAUUGUGUCAGUUUGUCAAGAAUUAAGAUGCUGACCGAGAGUGUUCAGAAACAGGGUUUUAAUGAAAAAUGUAUGGUAUUCAUUCAAUUGAAAAUCAGUUUUUUUUCUUUUUCUGACAAGGUAAUGGUGGUGGAAGCGGGCUAUUUGGCAUGAAGUCAUUUGGUAUAAUGGACGUUUUGCAUAACAGACAUUUGGAAUAAUUUUGAGAAGUGAUCAUCUUGCAGGCCAAGCCAUAGCGUGGUCUCCUGGCGGCGUCUCAGUUUUGCGCCCCUUUGUACUGAGGAAACAAUUUUAGGAACUUUGAACUGGUUGGUGGAUUGUUGAUUAGGGUGCAUAUCAUUAGAUUUGAAUUUCCAGGCCAAGGUUCGUCACGGCAUUCCGGUUAUACUCCAUACAGAACCCAUCCAUUUUUUUGUACAAGCAAGUGAACCAAAGAUACUUUUAUGUUCUAUUGCUGAUUAAGUGUUUCACAUAUUCUUCGUUCCACUUUCUAAGAAAAUAAGUUGCAUCCAGUGAUCGAGUGUAGAUAGAUGACCACAUUAUUUUCCACUUUAAACAAAUUGAACUGGGUUCGACCGUAUCCGAUCUUCUUUCGGAUCAAAGAUAGUCUGCUUAGUGUUCUAAUAUUCCGCAAGACGUAGAAAUAUUCAGCUAUGCCAGAUAUAUCGAAAGUUCGCUUAGAUAAGCUCAGAAUUAUGAUAUUUUGCAUAAAGAAAACAAAAUUACAUUACUGUCGACAAGACUUUUAUAUAGAACUAACGCGUUUUCAUACCCGCACACAAAGUUGAGAUUGAUGGUGUAGUUAUCGAUGCGACAUGAAAAUGCCUGGAUCUACUGAAGGACGUACUUGGCUGUUUCAAAGACCACUUGCUCCAGUGAGUGAAAAUUUUGAAUGGCAAUCGCACCGGACGGGAUAAAAUGGUGUGUCCCUUCAAACUGGUGUCGGGUAACCUUUGGGGAGACUGUGUUGCGUCUACUUCGACAAGGAUCGUCUGCAUGAUCGGUUGCUUGUGUCGCGCGUCAUGCAUGCAGUGAGACCGUCAAUAUACCAGCAAGAGGAAGCUCUGCCGCAAAUCCGAAGCAAACAGCACUUAAUCUUACACAUUUGAGAAGAAACUAGGAACGCCGAAAAUUUGUGAUUUUUCAACCAGAUUCAACUUAGUGCAGGAUAGGACCUAGGUUGGGACCCAGCAACUUUGUGAUAUUGAGGAACUCCUCAAUCCUCAAUUUUCACGGUACGGCAUGGAAUUAUUUUGUCGAUGAUAAUUAAUCUAGCUUACUCUACGACCUAUGUUACAGCUUAACCUUCCGGCAGCCGCACGCUGCUCUGAAAAUCUAGCGACAUCGUCUUAGAGCAGCUGCUCGUUCAGUGAGCAAUUUGCGCGACUUCCGGAGGGUUAAAAAAGGUGGGCUGCUUUAUUGCCCAUGAUCACAUUUCUGUUUCCCUUGUUUCUAUGAGAGGAGACAGUUUGCAAUAAUUUUCGGUAUUUUUGUUGAAAUUUGUUGAAAAGUCUGUGUCUUGUCCGUUGUUUAUUCUGGACUAACAGGACCGUUGCGUAGUCUUCUGAGGCCUUUGGUAAAAUCUCAGUUAUGCGCCUAAUUUUGUGUGUACCUGGGAAUGAUACUCCUAUCCUGAUUUAUUUUAUGACUUAAUCUCGCUUUUUUCGAUUAUAGAGGUUUUAACCUUAUGAUCAUUCGCCUCUUCGGGUUAGAAAAAUCUCUUAUGAAAAAUUUCAAACCCUAUGUGCGGGGUUGGGACUUGAACGCAGGUGCGCUGCGUACAAGGCAAUCGACUUACCAACUAUGCCACGCCCACCCCCAAAUCUCACUUAUUUUAUGAAGCAGACCAAGAUUUUAGCGCAUCCCUAAAGUUGGCGCCCUUGGCCAACCUGGUAAAUUGCACGCAACGGCUCUGCCUGCAGGUCAUUUAGCAUAAUAGACAAUUUGGCAUAAUUAUUCUUAACUUCAGUUGUUAUUAUUAUAACCGCCAGUAAGUUUUAGUUUUCCAUACAGCGUUUCAAUAAUUAAAAUUAUCCUUCUUUGUAUCAUGAGCUGUUCUUUCGAAUCAUAAGCCGUUCGAUCCAAAUAGUUAACUUUAUUAUUUCUGGAUGUUACCAACUCUUUCAAACGAUGGUUUAUUUGUAUUUCACUUUAUCAUCUGACACGUAGUCUUAAUGAAUAUGUUAAAAUAUCAAAACUUAAACUUAGAUUAACCUAUCAGAAUAUAUUGGCUCAAAUGGCACGUUCGUUAGAUUAACCUAGAGCUACCAAUUUUAUUAGCAAACUGACUACAAUUUUCUCCAAAAUCAAACAAAUCGUCCACUAAAGCGAAUAUGCGGAUACACGAUAUAAGCGGUUCAUUAUAUACGAAUGAUGUUCUGUGGAAUCUUAGAUGCAACAGCGUUGUACUACGAGACGAUCUGGAUGGUGUUCGAAAGUCCAUUAAUGACAAUAGAUGCGGUGCGUCAAUUUCUCCAUUCAGCAGCUUUCCAACGAACAAUGCUUGUUGGGUCUUCCGGCGUCGUUGCAGCGUGUCAAGUCCUAAUAA